AGCAUCUAAGGGAGAAGAGGAAUGGAAGCCUCAAGCUUGGGGGAGGAGGGUGUGGGGCAGGAUCAGGACCCUGCAUAGACUGGCUGGCAGAAGAACCUGGUCCGUGUCCGUGAAGCCACGUUGGGGGGUGACCAUGGGAGCAUCAAGCUGCUCUAAACUCCUGGUUUAAGCCAAAGCACCACAUCCCUCCACAUGUAGCCUCCUUCCGCCCUUCUCUCAGCGUGAUUCCCCUGUCGACGGGGACUUCAUCUGCUCCCAUGUCUCCUCUCCUUAUGCCCGGGCUUCCCAUCCAGCCCAAGGGCUCUGCUCCUGUCCCCCUGACCCACGCUCCACUCCCCUAGGUGCCGUUCGAGAGCACCGAUAACCAAGGCAUCGUCUACACCUGGGUGGGCCGGGCCGCUGACCCCGAGGAGGCCAAGCUAGCCGAGGAAAUCAUGAACCACAUGUUCGACGACUCGUACAGCAAGCAGGUGAUAAACGAAGGGGAGGAGCCGGAGAACUUCUUCUGGGUUGGCAUCGGGGGCCAGAAGGCCUACGACGAAGACGCCGACUACAUGAAGUACUCACGGCUGUUCAGGUGCUCCAACGAGAAGGGCUAUUUCUCCGUGUCGGAGAAGUGCUCCGAUUUCUGCCAGGAUGACCUGGCGGACGACGACAUCAUGCUGCUGGACAACGGCCGGGAGGUGAGUUCCCAGGGCCUGGCGCCCCCGGUGCAGAGUGGGCUGUAGCCACAUGAUUGUCCU